AACGGGAGAUGCUUAGCCUAUUGGAGGGCAAGCCUGCUUUACGGCCUAAGGUCGCUUUUUACGACAUUUUCCGGCUUCCCAUUCACUUCGCGGUGAAGAUGGCGUCGAGCAGUGGGACAAAAAACUUGGACUUUCGCCGCAAGUGGGACAAAGAUGAAUAUGAGAAGCUCGCUGAGAAGAGGCUCACGGAAGAGAGAGAGAAGAAGGAUGGAAAACCAGUGCAGCCAGUCAAGCGGGAGCUUCUCCGGCAUAGGGACUACAAGGUGGACCUGGAAUCCAAGCUUGGGAAGACCAUUGUCAUCACCAAGACCACCCCACAAUCUGAGAUGGGAGGGUAUUACUGCAAUGUCUGUGACUGUGUGGUGAAGGACUCCAUCAACUUCCUGGAUCACAUUAAUGGAAAGAAACAUCAGCGAAACCUGGGCAUGUCUAUGCGUGUGGAACGUUCCACCUUGGAUCAGGUGAAGAAACGUUUUGAAGUCAAUAAGAAGAAGAUGGAAGAGAAACAAAAGGAUUAUGAUUUUGAGGAAAGGAUGAAGGAGCUCAGAGAAGAAGAGGAAAAGGCCAAAGCCUACAAGAAAGAGAAACAGAAGGAGAAGAAAAGGAAGGCUGAGGAGGACUUGACAUUUGAGGAGGAUGAUGAAAUGGCAGCUGUGAUGGGCUUCUCUGGCUUUGGUUCCACCAAGAAGAGUUACUGAGGAUUUCUGUGCUUGGCCCUUUGCUGGGCUUAACUUUGAGUGUGGGCGGGUCAUUUUUUGGGGGAGUACUUGGGAAAGUCCUUAAGUGGCAGUGGGGAGGGCCAGAGGGUGGGUGUUUAUGCUUUCCCUCGACCGUGAGAGAAAGCACCGGAGGCAGAGGUAAUGCUGGGGCAUAUUCCUUUAGCCUCAGUGUACCACCCGCGUCACAGGCCCUCUGCCCAUCUGCGUUCCCAAUAAAGAAAAACCUCUUCUGAGGCUGCUUUCCCAAAUCUUCCCCUGCAUCUUUCCCUCUUCAUCUAUCCCGUCUUCUCUGAGCAUCCUACAUUUAUCCUGUGUUCUGCCUUUGUUUUAAUUUUGGCUCUUGCUUGGCCUGCCACAGAAAGGUUCUCUGGGCCCCCGGGUUCCAGUUGAUACCAUAUCCUUGACCAGCCACUCGCCACCCCCUUUCCUCAUCCCCCACUGCGGUUCUCUGGCCACCUGUGCAUGCGUGUGUACUUUUGCCUGGGUCAGUAGUAUGUGCGGAUGUGUGUGCAUGAAUCUUUCACAUAGAGGGAGCCUGAACUAGAACCUCAGAGCAUUACUGCUUUGGGGCCUGAUGUUCUUGGUUUCCUCAGUGCAUGAAACAGGAAAUUAAAUGGGAUGAGUGUUUGGUGUGGAUUUUGUCUGUUGAGUUUUUUAACCUUUGUUUUUCAUAUGUAGACUGUUAAACUAUUCCUGUUUGUUUUAUUUUAUUGAGGAUUACUCGUUUUUGUCUUCCUUGUGAGCAGGCUCUUGGAAGAACCUGUUUGAUGCAAAAAAGAAAACGGAAAAAAAACAGCAACUCUCAUAUGGGAGCCUUUGUGUCUCAGAGGCUGUUCAACGUGUAUAAUAAAUGGCAUUGACUGGGCCUAUUUCACAUUUGGUGGGAACAUUC